AUGAAAAGAAAUAGUGAUCAACCAUCUUUAUUCGAUUUUGGUGUAAAAAAAAUUAAAAAUAAUGAAGAAACUGAAACUUCUAAUAAUAUAAAUGAUGCAAAAAAAUACGAGUUAUUAAAAAAUCCAUGGACACCGCCCAAAAAUUACCAAUUUCCCAUCGAACAACAAAGGCGGCUGAAAUUUCAAUUCGAUUGGUUAAUCCGUUUUCCUUGGCUUGUUUACUCCGAAAAAGUGCAAGGUGCCCUGUGUAAAUGCUGUGUACUAUUUGCCAAUAACAGUGUUGGUAAAGGGAUCCAUCAAAAAUUAGGUGCUUUGAUUAUAAAACCUUUUACAAAAUGGAAGGAUGCCAUUGAACGUUUUAAUCGUCAUUCAAACUCUGCGUAUCAUAAACUUUCAAUCAUUCGCUCUGAAGAAUUUAUUAAAGUAAUGGAAAACAAAAAAAAUAAUAUUGCAAAUGAGAUAGAUAUUUCACUAAAAAAACAAGUCAUUGAAAAUCGAACUAUUCUUCGUACAAUAAUUGAAACCUUAAUUUUAUGUGGAAAACAAAAUAUUGCUUUAAGAGGUAAUAAUGACAGUGGAAAAAUAUAUGAUGAAAGUAUAGAAACAAAUGACGGGAAUUUUAGAUCUUUAUUAAGAUUUAAAUCAUUGACUGAUCCUAUUUUAGACAAACAUUUAAAAAACGCAACUUCUUUUGCAUCUUACACGAGUCUUAAUGUUCAAAAUAAAAUCAUUACUAUUUGUGUAGACGAAACACAAGACGUAUCUCGGUUAGAACAAAUGUCUUUUUGUGUACGAUACGUUGACGGUGUGUCAAACUGUAUUAUGGAAGAUUUUCUUGAAUUUUCAAUUGUUCAUGAUAUGACUGGUAAAGGAUUAUCUACUUCUAUACUUCAGUUGCUAGAGAAAUUCGGACUUGAAAAAAAAUUUCUUGUAGGACAAGGUUAUGGUGGCGCGGCAUCGAUGAGUGGGCAGUUCAAUGGCGUCCAACAAUACAUAAGAGAGGCUGUUCCACAUGCGCUUUAUGUGCAUUGCGCUUCUCAUUCUUUGAAUUUGGCUGUAGGAAGUUCAUGUAAAAUCGUAUCAAUUAGAAACUGUAUUGGAACUGUAUCUUCAGUAAUAACGUUUUUCCGAGCUUCAUCGCAAAGAACAAAAACACUGAUUGAAUGUAUUAAUGAAUAUGUCCCACAAAGUCGAACAAAAACUCUAAUAAAAAUGUGUGAAACGCGAUGGGUAGAUCGACAUGAAAGCUUAAUUAGAUUUAAAGAAUUAUAUAAAGCUAUUUAUUAUGCAUUAAAAAAAUUAGAAGAGUGUUCAAAUAUAGAAACAUCACGUACAGCUUUUCUGCUUUCAAUUUCCAUUAAUAACUCAGUUUUUAUCAUAGCUUUACAUGUGAUUGAGAAGUUUUUUUCUAUAACUUUACCACUAUCUAUAGCACUACAAAAAGUAAAUAUUGAUUUGUCAUAUUGUUAUGAGCGAGUAACAGAUGUAUGUCAAAUAUUUAAAGAAAUUCGAGAAAAUGGCGAUGAUGAGUUUAAACAAAUAUUUUCUAAUGUAGAAGAGUCUAUGUUAGAAGGAAUUAUUGAGGUACCAAGAACUGUAGGACGACAAACUGCACGUAACAAUAUUCCAUCUGAUUCUCCGGAACAGUAUUACAAAAGAUCAAUAUUUUUACCGUUUUUGGAUCAUUUUAUUUGUCAAUUACAAGAUAGAUUUACUAAUCAUCAUCGUGUAAUGGCCAAACUACAAUCACUUAUUCCAAAUUUUCUUAAAAAUACAACUGAUAUAAAAGAUUUUCAAGAGGUAGCGCUUUUUUAUAAAGAUAUUUUACCUAAUUAUGAAACAUUUGACGCAGAAAUUAAAAUAUGGCUAGCUAAAUGGAAAAAUGUAUCUGAUAGAGACCGUCCAACUACAUCAUUGACUACUUUGUCUGCAAUGUCUUAUGAUUUUUUCCCAAACAUUCACAGUCUUUUGACAAUUAUGGCCACAUUACCUGUUACAACUGCUACUGCUGAACGGUCAUUCUCAACUCUACGGAGACUUAAAACAUACUUACGAAACAAUAUGGGAGAAACGAGACUUACUGGAUUGGCUUCACUAAACAUAUACCGAAAUGUUGAUUUAAAUGUGGAAGAAAUUAUCGAUAGAUUUGCAAUGUUACCACGAAAAUGGGAUUUUAUACUUUAG